GCGGAACGGUUUUCAGACGGUGGAGGGUCCGUCAGAGAGUUGCUUGGUGCACUCAUACCAACACAAUAAAACAGUAGGAUGGGCUUUGAGAGAGCAGGAAGGGCUAAAGACUUUAAAUGUUUUUUUGCAGUGUUACAGAAGUUUCAGUAUCCCGGCUCCAGAUCAUACUCAGAUGUACCUUCUUUUUCAAUAAAUAGCAAAAAAUAACGGUAUUUAUUUUGAGGUGAUGAAAGUGGAUAAAACAAUUAGUCUAACAUGAUUGGCUAACCAAAGGGGCGGGAGUAUAAGUACGUCGUGUGGACUCUUUCCAAACAUCACGCUUGCUGCCUGCAUUCGAUUGGCACUCAUUCAGUUUUGCAGGUUGCAGAUAUGAACAUCACACACCUCGCAUGUCGAUGCUACCUCUCUGCUUGUCCAAUAUUCAGAGUUAACCCUGCCAGACUCCUCUCAUCCACACAAGUGACCAUGGCAUCCUCCAGGCAUAAACAUGCCAAGAGAAUUGAGGGUCUGGACAAGAAUGUGUGGGUUGCCUUCACAUCCGUGGCAGCAGACCCGACCAUCGUCAACCUUGGACAGGGCUACCCUGAUAUUCCACCUCCCUCAUAUGUCAAAGAAGGGCUUGCCCAGGCAGCAGCUGUGGACAGACUGAACCAGUACACAAGAGGCUUUGGUCAUCCGUCUUUGGUGAAGGCCCUGUCGCAAGUGUAUGGGAAAGUGUACGAUCGGCAGAUUGAUCCCCUUAAAGAGAUCCUGGUCACAGUUGGGGGUUACGGUUCCCUAUUCAGUUGCAUGCAGGCUCUGGUAGAGGAGAAGGAUGAGGUCAUCAUUAUUGAGCCUUUUUUUGAUUGCUAUGUUCCAAUGGUACGAAUGGCAGGAGCAAAGCCAGUAUUGAUCCCCCUCAGACUGAAGCCUGGCAAGAAAGGAGACAUCACCAGUGCAGACUGGGUUCUGGAUCAGGAUGAACUUGCCAGCAAAUUCAACUCAAACACGAAGGCCAUUAUCAUCAACACGCCAAACAAUCCCAUAGGCAAGAUUUUCAGCAGAGCUGAACUCCAGGCCAUCGCAGACCUUUGCAUCAAACACGACACCCUGUGCUUCAGCGACGAGGUGUACGAGUGGCUCAUCUACAAAGGCCACGAGCAUAUCAAAAUAGCCACUCUGCCGGGUAUGUGGGACCGGACGGUGACCAUCAGCAGUGCGGGGAAGACCUUCAGUGUGACUGGCUGGAAGCUUGGCUGGUCCAUUGGCCCAGAACACCUGAUCAAGCACCUGCAAACUGUCAUGCAGAACACCUUGUACACCUGUCCCACUCCACUACAGGAGGCAGUAGCACAGGGCCUGAUGAUAGACUACCAGCGCAUGGGCCAGCCCGACUGCUACUUCUCCUCGCUGGCUGAUGAGCUGGAGGGGAAGAGGGACCGCCUGGCCGGUAUCCUGCGCUCCAUCGGCAUGACCCCUGUGGUUCCAGAAGGCGGCUACUUCAUGAUCGUGGACGUGACCGCGCUCAAUCAGGACCUGUCGCACAUGGGGGGCGAUGAGGCAUACGACUACAAGUUUGUCAAGUGGAUGAUCAAAGAGAAGAAACUGGCAGCCAUUCCAGUAACUGCCUUCUGUGGAGAUGACUCCAUAAAGCAGUUUGAGAAAUAUAUACGCUUGUGCUUCAUCAAGCAAGACAGCACAUUGGAUGCAGCAGAAGCCAUCCUGAGAAGCUGGAACAAGUAGAUGCCAUGCUGGGAAGGUCCAUGACUGACAAUCUACUGCGUUCACACAGCGUGUUGACUUGACCUGAAUUGGAUUAUGUUUGCAAAGUGACCCAGAUCUGAUCUUUUCUGUGUAAUGUGAACAGUACACAAUAUUUUUUUUUUCAUGUCAAAUCAGGGCCACUUUAGAAUGAGGAAUGGAGCAUUAAAACCUGCAGUGUGAACAUAGCAUUAGUCUUUCUUAAGACUAUAAGUGUUUGCAUUCAUCUUUAACACAACACGUGGAGUUCAACAAAGUAUUGGCCACAUAUUUAUAGUGCAUACGUGAAUCAAACUUGAAUCAAGGCCUUAGACACUCACAAAAUGUAGUUUUAUAUUCUCUCUCUCUCUCGUCAUUAAUGAAGAUUUUAUUGAAUAUUUUCUGGUGUGUAAGACUUGAUGUAGCAACAUAGUGGCUGGUUUUGCUGAAGAUGUGAAUGAAAAUGGUUGUUAAUUUAAUUUCAAAUAUUAAAAUUUUGUUCUUUCAAAACA